AUGGAAGUCAGUACAAAUAUUUACACCACCCAGGUCAAUGGUUCCAAAUCUUCCAUUUUCAAAGUUAAUCCCAUCAAAGACACCUUUAGACGUCGUAUUCCAGGCUUCUUUUUUCACUACAGGCUACUGCUUUGGAAGACUCUAAUUCUACGUGUUCGUGAACCAUGGUUCAUUUUUUUCGAAUUGUUUCUUCCAAUUGUUCUUAUAAUAGUUGCCGUCGGAUUGAGAUUUGCACAAAUGCCCGUACCAUAUCCACCUUGCCAUCUCGUUUCCCAACCCUUACCUAGUAUGGGAUUUCUUUCCUAUAUGCGGGGAGUUGUCUGCAACUUUAACAAUACUUGCAGUCCACACGAUGUCGAAUAUCAGAGUCGUUCAAACAUUGUACCGUCCUGGCUAUCUUACUUAAAGAAACCGAACUCCAAAGUCUUUUCUGUUUCUUCGUCUAUCGUGGAAAAUAUUACCAAACUUAACUCUUCAAAUUCGACUCCUGAUUGGAAGUUCUUAAGUGACACGCUUUGCAGUCAAUCUGUCGGGCAGAUGCUUGAUCCAAUGUUAUCUGAGGAAGAAAAAACAAAAUUAGCAUUCUUUUGCAUUCUUCCCUACUCUUUCCAAAAAGAACGCCUUCUAAAAUCAGUGAAUAAAGCAGUUGAAAUGACAGAUAGCUUCAUCCCGAAAGAUGCUGAUUCGAUACGAAUCAGUCCUGUAAUCUCGAGUAUAGAAGAUAUUAUAAAGCUCACUGAGGAUAUUAAAAAUAUGUCAAUUGCACUAUGUGGGGAGGAAAUUGGCUCAAAUAGUUUUCUUACUCUUUUCGAAUCACUUCAUCAGUAUUGGGGUAAAAAUUACGUUACGAGGAAACUCAAAGAGAAACAAGUAAGUGGAUCUGAGGAAAAUGCAACAGCCUGUACUCAGCUAAAUACCCUUUUCGACUCCAAUACUCUCCAACCCUGGACGCUAAGAUUUAGAAAUGUACUUCAGGGAGAAGUUUUUUACUAUCCAAAUACUUCAGUCACCAAUGAAAUCAUGAAGCGUUCGAAUAAUACUGCUAUUAUGCUUGAAAAACUGAAGAAAAUUGCCUCCGAAGUGGACAGCUCUAUUGAAACUUUACUUCCAGAAUUAAUUAAGGAUGCUCCUUUGUUUAAAUCGAUUAGAACAGUGACUAGACUUUGUACCACUAUGCCGACAAUUACUCCAGAAAAUAAAGAGCGUUGCAAACGAAUACUGUACUUCUUGGAAGCUAAUCCAAAUGAUGGCUAUACGCAUUACACUGAAGUUCUCCCGAAGAUUAAAAAUGUUUCACGAGGUCUAAAUGAAAUUUUCUCUGAUUGUGUUGUCUACGAUCGUUUCCACGGUUACUCAAACGACUCUCAAAUGUAUGCUGAUUUCGAUAAGGCUGUGGAAAUGAACAGAACAGUCACGAUAGUCAAUUUUAAGGAGACUAACCAGGUGCUGUCGAUGGAAUUUCGACUCAAACCGAACAUAAUAGAUACUACUUAUAAAUUCAAAGUAAUGGACAAGUACUGGACCCCAGGUCCAAGAUACGAAACACGAGAUUCCAUGAAAUACUUCACCAGUGGUUUUAUUGACCUCCAAGAUCAACUUGAACGAGCGUAUAUUUCCAUGACAUCUAGGAAGAAAGCCCCUGACGAUCUUUAUGAGGACGAAUUUCUUCCGACCGAGAUGCAGUUCGUUCCUACUCCGUGUUAUCAAGUUGACCCAAUGUUACGUUUAUUCAUGCCCAAUAUUCCAUUGUUGAUUGUGAUUAUCUGGCUAUGCAACUAUGUAAUCAACGUACGAGUUAUUGUCUAUGAGAAGGAAAUCCGAUUGAAAGAAUAUACCAAAGUUAUGGGAAUGAGUAAUGCAGUGCAUUGGUUGAAUUGGUUUACCGUUGGCUUCACAAUGAUGACAAUUUCCAGCAUAAUAGCUACAAUAAUGUUGAAAUACGGUCAACUCUUUCCCAAAACCGAUGGCUUCCUACUUUUUUGCUGUUUUAUGGCCUACAUUCUAGCCAUUCUUCCUCAAGCAUUCAUGACAUCCGUCUUCUUCAGUAAUGCCAACUUCGGUGCUGUAUUCAGUGGUAUCUUCUACUUCAUAAUGUAUUUGCCCUAUAACCUCACUCUUAUGUACGAUUUGAGCUUUGCUCCCCUCCUAAUUCUCACUUUUUUACCCCAAUGUACAGUUGCUAUGAUCUUUUCUCAACUCAUGACAAUGGAGGUUCAAGGUUUCGGCGGCCAGUGGAAAUCAUUAUGGGAAAAUACCCUCUCCAAUGAUUCAGUUACUGUUGGAUUGUGCAUGCUGAUGCUCCUUAUAGACGGAGCUCUGCUAUGGAUUGCUGUCUGGUACUUGGAGAAAGUUGUCCCAACUAGCUACGGGCUCAUUCGAAAGUGGUACUUCCCAUUCACAAAAUCCUAUUGGAGGGAGGUGAUCUUGGGUCGUUCAAGUGCACCAAAAGACAGGAAUGAACUUGAACCCAAUUCAGAAGACCUUGAUGUCGCUUUUCAUGAACAACCAGACAGUGGCCUUAAAGUUGGAGUGUCUAUUCAUGGACUAACGAAGUGCUUUGGAAGGAAGAAGUUUGUCGCAGUUAAUAAUAUGUGGGUAGAUUUUUAUGAAAAUCAGGUCACAGCGUUUUUGGGACAUAAUGGGGCAGGUAAAACGACUACAAUAUCAAUUCUCACCGGUAUUUAUGCUCCUACGGCUGGUACAGCUCUUGUCUAUGGAAAGGACAUCAACUACGAAAUGCCAGAGAUACGUCAACACUUGGGACUUUGUCCGCAGCACAACGUUCUCUUUGAUAACCUCACUGUUCGUGAACACAUUAAGUUCUACGGUUAUUUAAAAGGACUUUCCAAAGAAGACGUAAGGAAAGAAAUUAGCCAUUUCUUAGCUGAGCUAGGUUUAGAAGAGAAGGCGAACGAGUUGGCUAAAAAUCUUUCAGGAGGUCAGAAGAGAAAGCUUUCUCUUGCAGCUGCUUUUGUUGGCGGCUCAAAGAUGGUCUUUUUGGAUGAGCCAACGGCUGGAGUUGACCCAUCCUCUCGUAGAAGCAUCUGGAACCUCAUCUUCAAUUUAAAGUCGUCGAGAACCAUCAUUCUCACCACUCACCAUAUGGAUGAAGCUGAUGUUCUAGGUGAUAGAAUCGCAAUUGUUUCCCAGGGUCGUGUCAAAGCUAGCGGUUCUAGUCUCUUCUUGAAAUCCAAGUUUGCCAAAUUCUACUACCUAAGUAUGGAGAAGAAAGAUGGUAUUGUAGGCAACAGCGAGGCUGAUGCUCGCCUUUCCAAAAUAAUUUCCUCUAAAUUACCCGGUUCUGAACUAUCUUCUUCCACUCCAACCGAAUGGGUGUUCACAUUACCCGCAAUUAAAGCAUAUGAUGCCAACGGAUUUGUGAAACUCUUCACCUAUUUAGAAGAGCAGAAGGCUGAAAUGGCUCGGGAAUUUGGAGUAAAAGCAAUUGGGCUCUCUGACACCUCUCUGGAAGAAAUCUUUAUUCUACUCUCAGAUGAUCCUAGCAAAAUCAAGACGGUAAAUCCAAUCACUCAAAAGAAAAUUGACAUCAUCUUGAAACUAUUCAAACGUGGUCGUCGAGAGACCCGUGCUAUGGAACACGUCAAUAACUCCUCUAGUACCUCUUCAACAGAUGCCAGUGGAGACAUUGAAAGCAGUGAAGUGCAUGCAGACUUCAAGUAUUCAGGAGAUGAAGAGUCACAUGCUGUCAUCCCAACUGAGGCAUACACAGCCAAACGCAACACCGGUGUUCGUCUUUACGCUCAACAGGCUUAUGCCUAUCUUGCUAAGAGGAAACAAUGUGUUCUUCGAAGCAAACGCGGCUGGGUGCUAGAAUUCGUUAUUCCUACCAUGGCUGUGAUACUCAUGAUGCUAAUUCUGGCGACUUAUCCCACAGACUCCUCCCAACCCAGUUUGCCUCUUCAUCCAUGGUUACUCUCUAUCAAGAAAGAUGUGGCCCAUCUAUGGACUUUCUUUGCCAAUACCCCUGUUAAAAAUCCCAAAGCUAGAGAUAUUUCCUACAAGUAUUCUGAAGAGAUGGCUUCACCUAGGGGCUGGUCAGGUACCCGUUGUUUACCUAACUCCCUUUAUGAAUUUAUCCCCCAAAAAUAUGCCUAUUGUAAUAUCAAAGACUACACACCUCCUCAUCCCCUUCCGGCUUUGUCUCCUGAAGAAAUUAUGGAUGUAGAGCAAUCGGAGACCAUUAAUUGUUGUUGCAUAAACGGAGAUUUCACCUGUCCAUCAAACGCUAUUGUGGAUCCACCAAGACUUCUUCUGCCAACUACAGAUUACCUAAUGAAUCUAACACACUAUAAUGUAUCUCAGUACCUUCUUCGAUCGAGAGAUCAGGCUAUUCUUAAAAGAUAUGGUGGUUUAAUGUUCAUGGAGACCGAAAACGGACAGGCUAUUGUAAACGCAAAAGACUUUCUUUCCGAUAAGCAGCAAGUGGAAGGGGUCUUAAAUUCGUUAUUUAACAAUUCCAUAGCUGAAGAAAUUGGCAUGAAUGUUGCAGAUUUUGUACUACAAGGACUUCCACCCACCCAGUACGCUCGCAUCUACUAUCAUAACAAGGGAUGGCCUUCUUCCGUAGCCUAUCUCAACAUGCUGCAUAACCUUCAACUGCGAAUGUUAUUAGCUAAUGACAACAGCAUUCAAGGUAAGGUCCCCUUUCCAUAUUUCCCGUUAUGA